AUGGAUUCAUCUCCAUCCAUCGCAAUAAUUGGUGCCGGGCCAAGCGGUCUUGUCUUCGCACGACUGCUACAAGUGCAUGGAAUCACAGAUUACGUCGUCUUCGAGCGCGACCAAUCGUCUACUCCAGGUCCCUGGCAACAAGGCGGCUCUCUCGACCUCCAUGGACCAUCAGGUCAAGCGGCACUCAAGAAAGCGCGUCUAUUUGACGCAUUCAACUCGGUCUACGCACGCUGGGACGCUUCACGGGUGCACAUUGUCAACCAGACAGGAGAGACAGUUACACGCUUUGGCGAGGGGCGCGACGCACCCGAGAUCGAUCGCUUGCAGCUGCGUCAACUUCUACUUGACUCAGUGGACGCAAGUAAGAUCCGGUGGGACCAUGAAGUGAGGUCUGUUGAGAGAGAGGAGAGCAGGUCUUCUGGAAGCAGGGAAAAUUGCUGUACUAUUCACUUCACCAACGGCAGGUCAGUCACUGGGUGCAGGCUUAUCGUCGGUGCUGACGGUGCUUGGAGCAAGCUUCGCCCUCUGCUUACGCCAGCAAAACCGGUCUACUCUGGAAAAAUGUACAUCGAAGGCAAAAUAUCACACAACAACCCAAGCUACAGCACAGCCAAGGAAACGGCCGGCCCAGGAACCAUGCUUGCGGUCGGCCAGCAGAAGCAAAUGGCCGUGCAGCAGAUCGCCGACGGCACAUAUCGCGUGUAUUUUGGUCUGAAAGUGCCGGAAACAUUCUACCACCACCGCAGUGGCAGCGCCGUUUACAAGACCGAAGCCGUACGUCAGAUGCUGCUGUCAUCGGACGAUUUCUAUGCCACCUGGGCGCCACAUCUCAAGGCUAUUAUUGCGAACGCCGAGGGCCCUUUCCGUGCUUGGCCUUUGUACCGCAUGGAGCUAGAUGACGUUGGCUGGAAGCGUGUGGCCGCUCCUGGGAUGACUUUGCUUGGAGAUGCAGCGCACGUUUCGACACCGUUUGUGGGCGAAGGAGUCAAUUGUAGCAUGUACGAUGCAGUUGUGCUGGCUGAACGCAUUCUUGAACACUGUGGGGGAGCUUCAAGUCUCGCGAACGUUCCGGCAGCCAGACUGGAAAAGGCCUUGGCCUCAUAUGAAGAGAAUAUGUUCGAGCGUGGCCGAGACCUGAUCCGUCGUAGCAUGGAGAGCGAGGGUAUGAUAUUUGCUGAGAAUGCGGCUGAGCUACUUCUCCAGGCCAUCAGUGGUGCUAAUGGUGCAUAG